CGGCAGGUUUCCUUUCAGAAGACAAAUUAAAAAGUUGAUUUAUCUCUUCUCAUCUUGCACACCUUUCCAAGAUAGAGAACUGCUCCGCCUUCUUAGUAUCAAAUGCUAAAAUGAAAUAGGGUCUGAAAACACCUACUUAACUUUAGAGUUAUUUGCCUGUUGUGAUGGAACAGUAUAAGGAUGAGAGAGAAGCAAUGAGAAAUAAUCAGGAUAACAUGGUGUGCCUGGGAGAAUGCCGAUGGCUUCACAUGUUUCCAUUCCUCAUGGUAUCACUUGUUUAUUCUGCUAAUGCUGAAUAUUCUAACUGUGGUGAAAAUGAGUACUACAACCAGACGACUGGGAUGUGCCAUGAGUGUCCACAGUGUGAGCCAGGAGAAGAACCAUACAUGACAUGUGGAUAUGGGACUAAAGAUGAAGACUACGGCUGUGUCCCUUGUCCAUCUGAAAAGUUUUCUAAAGGUGGCUAUCAGAUCUGCAGGCGGCACAAGGACUGUGAGGGCUUCUUCCGGGCAACUGUUAUGACACCUGGAGAUCAAGAGAAUGAUGCAGAAUGUGGGCCUUGUCUCCCCGGUUACUACAUGUUAGAAAACCGGCCCCGGAAUAUCUAUGGGAUGGUUUGCUACUCAUGCUCCCUGGCACCUCCAAACACCAAAGAAUGUAUAGGUAUUACUUCGGGUGCAUCAGUCAGUUUCUCAAGUACUUCUGGAACAAGUACUCAAUCUCCUUUCCGGCCUGUGCACAAAGAUCUGACUGGACAAGGCCAUCUUGCUACAGCUCUCAUCAUUGCGAUGUCAACUAUAUUCAUCAUGGCCAUUGCUAUUGUCCUGAUCAUCAUGUUCUACAUUGUCAAAACGAAAACAUCAGCACAAGCAUGCUGCACCAGCCAUCCUGUGAAGACUGUGGAAGCUCCAGCCAUUAUGCAGGAAGAAAAGAAAGAAGUACAAGAAAAUGUAGUUAUUUUCUCAGAGAAAGAUGAAUUUGGAAAACUAACAGCAACUCCUGCAAAAGUGGUCAAGAGUGAAAAUGACGCUUCCUCAGAGAAUGAGAGACUUUUAAGUCGAAGCAUGGACAGUGAUGAAGAAGCUGCAAUUGACAAACAAGGAACGCCAGAUCUGUGCUUGUUGUCUCUAGUCCAUCUGGCUCGAGAUAAAUCUUCUACAAACAACAAAUCUACUGGCAUACAAAGCCGGAGGAAAAAGAUUCUUGAUCUGUAUGCUAAUGUAUGCAGUGUUGCAGAAGGUCUCAGUCCCACAGAGCUGCCUUUUGAUUGUCUGGAGAAGACCAGCAGGAUGCUCAGCUCUACAUACAACACUGAAAAAGCUAUUGUGAAGACUUGGCGUCACCUUGCCGAAAGCUUUGGACUGAAGCGUGAUGAAAUUGGGGGCAUGACAGAUGGCAUGCAGCUCUUUGAUCGCAUCAGCACAGCAGGCUACAGUAUCCCAGAACUCUUAACAAAACUAGUGCAAAUUGAGCGGUUAGAUGCUGUGGAGUCUCUCUGCGCGGAUAUUUUGGAGUGGGCACAAGUUAUGCCCAAACCUGAACCAGUGGUGGCUUCGUGACAUGCAUUGCUCUGAUGUACAUUUCCAAAGAAUUUAUAUGGAUUCCAAGAGCAAGGGGACCCAGAAUGGGGCAGAAUCUUGGAAGCAAAGAUGGCCUUCAAACAUCAAUAGCAUUUGAUGUACUUCCGAGAAUUAAAUGCUUGAAGGUUUGCCAUGGUUGUCAUUAGAGACAAAUGCAAGGAGCUCAACCAGUAGACUUCUUGAAUGAGAACAACUAGGACAAGUGGACUGAGAAAAGAUGUUAAGGUUCAUUUCCUACUCAGCUGACAAGUAUACACAUCAAUCUGCCCAUAUCAUGACUGGUUUUGAAGAAAUUUUAUUGUCUUAUUGUGGCUUGUUCUCUUCCAGUCUGCAACUGUUAGUAACUGCUAUUAGAUAUAACAUGGAUACACAAAGGAAUGUAAUUUCUGUUUCUGUAUACACCAUCUCAAUUUCUUCUCAUCACUUUUUAAACAAAAGCAACAAAUACUUUGAAACUAUAUUUACUUAUAUGGACUGGCCUAUAAGCCUAUAUCUCCAGUUUUCAGGACAUGAAAAUUCUUGGCAUGUGUGGUCCACACAGACAUUUCAGAACUAUUUGUUAUACACAUACAUAUAUACUAAUGCAAAUAUGUACUAAUUAUAAGGUUACCAGGAUAUAUCUAUUAAUAUGAUCAAUGCUUUAAGAAAAUAUUCUUGUGGCCAUAUUUUAUACAUCAAUAAUCAUAAGAUAUCUGGGGAUAUUAUGCUAACUCUCCAAAAUAGAUAACUAUAGAGAUUCGUUGAUAAAACAUCUCUAACUGGUGUUUACACAGUUUUCAGGUUCGAAUGUAGUAAACUCAAUUAAUAGAAAAUAGUCAAAAAUAUUACUACUAUGUUGGAUUGUUAUGAUGUCAACUGCAUUUAUGAUCUUCUUUAACCAAAAUAAUAGUUUCCAUGGGCAACUCUAAGAGGAACUAUUAAUGGGGCCAUCAGUACCAAUCAGUACACCAUAUAGCCAAGAGUGUAAGUCUAAGGCUUUAAACUCUCUUUUCUCCUCCUCCUCUCCUGUGCACAAGGAGAGUCAAAUCCACUUUUGAAGGAAUCACACUUUCCUGUUACCCCUUAACUGUACUUUACUUUUACUUUAAUUAAUUAAUAAGCAAGGUGAGAACGUCUGUUAAUUGUAUGGGCUUUCAAUUCACCUACUAAUUUAUGGAGACUCCAUGCAUUUUGUACCAUUUUCUUAGGCAAGUAAUACUCAGUGGUAGCUUUGCCAGUUUCUUCCUCGGAAAUAGAGCCCACAUCAUCUAGUAUUCUUUGGCAGCCAUGCAUCCAAGUGUUAACCAAGAUUAGACAGGAUCAGGUGCCAUUAGGGUGUUCAGGCCCUGAUUAUCCACUAUUUAAAAAGUUAGUUUCCUGAAUUGAGACAAAACAGGAAGCUACACUUUGUUGAAAAGCAAAUGUAUUUUAUCCUUCCUUGCAUUGAGAACUUUUUUGUGGAACAUAAUCCAUUCUGGUGUUGGCACAGUGCCCCUCAGUAUUGACACUGAGAAAGAGGACAGGAGGCACUGUGUCUGCUCUUCUCUCAGUUUGAAUACUUUGUAGUUUGACCAGUGGAUCUAUGUAUCAUUACUCCUGCACUGAGGAGAAGAUCUAUUGGGCCUUAUGCAAAUACCUUCCCAUGUAAAGCAUAUGCCAGUGAUAUGAUAAUUUAUGCUCCUGAUUUUUAAAUUACAAAAGAAAAAGGAUAAGCAACCUAUAUUUUAAACAUAAAGCCCUUGCGAAACCAUAAUUACUAGUACAUCGACCAAUGACUAGCUUAAUAACCAAGCUGGUUAAUUUAUUAUUCGGUUUGUCACAAAGUGCCAGGUUGACAAUUCUCAGAAAUUAUUAUUAUUAAAAGAAACUUCACAACUUAAAAAGCAAUAAUAUUUUAAUUACAUGUUGCAUGACUGAGCAAAUGAUAACUCAUAUUCUUGAAGAUAAUAAAAAGGCCUACCCCCUACUUGCUCAGCCCUGAAGAAAUGAGAAUUUAAAAAGUCACUACUUUAAUAGGGUCAAUGUAAUAAAUAUUUAAUAUUGUCCUUCAGUGUGUCUUUGUUAGUCUGUGAGCUCUUAUAUUCUAAGCUUAAAGUAUAUAUAGCUGUGUUUGAAAUCUGAAAAAGGUACUUUGAGUGCAGUUCAGUUUCUUUCCAGUACCAUUUACAGUAUCCUAAAUAAAUACAAGAACUAGACACACCCUUUGGAUCAACAGCUGAAACCAUGCCCUCUGGUCCUGUGUGCAGGUUUAGUAUUCAUUUGUGUGCAGAACAAAUCUGAACACUGUGUUGAGCUGCGACAGCUCCUCCUUGUGUGGAGAAAAACAUCUACCAAUGCUGAAGCUACCAGACAGUUUUGGAUUAGAAAGGACCCAAUUCAGAAAUGUCUGAUGCAGUGGUUGGUUAUGCCAUAGAUCAGUGGUUUCCAACCUUUGGGCCUCCAGUUGUUUUGGACUUCAACUCCCAGAAAUCCCAGCUAGUUUACCAACUGUUAGGAACUGUGGGAGCUGACGUCCAAAACACCUGGAGGCCCAAAGGUUGGGGACCACUGUCAUAGAUGCUCCACCUAAUGAUCUGAGGUCUUCCUUCUAAUUUUAUAAUUAUUUAGAUGAAAAAUACAGUCAGUGAUGGAAAUACAGCACAUUAAUCCUGUCCACAGUCUUGAACAUCAAGGUUGGAUUCUCACUCUUGCUCUGUUCUAUUGGUUGGGGAAAUCCACCAGCACAGAUUGCUUUCUGCUGGCAGAACAUAACUGUGGGGUUACUAUAAAAUGUUCAGUAAUUUCAGUCCUUCCAUUUUGCACCGUUGCAUCAAUUGUAGGUGUAAUUUUUCAUCCCCAUCCCUGUGUCCUAUUUACACAUUUCUCUACCACUAAAUGUUUAUCUGUCAUUUAGUUCACUGAUCGUAAUUUUCUUAAAGAAAUUCAUUUUUAGUGAUUCAAGUUGCUGAUUACCUUUACAGUACUUUUCAUUAUUAUUUUAAAAAUACACUCAAAUUUUAAAAAAAUUUCUCAUUCAUUCUAAUAAAGUAGGUCAAGAAUAAUGAGUAAACUUAACUCAUGUCAAAGAAGAACAUUUGUUGUCUUCCUUUUAAAAAUAUAUUACAGUAGAGGCUCGCUUAUCCAACGUUCCAUAUUAUCCAAUGCAAUCUGCCUCCCACCCAGAUCCACAGGUGAGGGAAGUGGAGUAUAUAUUUAUCUGUGGAAUAAUGUCCAGGGUGGGAGAAAGAAAGAAUCCUUGUCUGUUUUGGCGCUAAAUUCGUAAAUACAGUACUUACUACAGAACGGCACCAUAUAUUGAACUGCACUUUUCUGUAAAUUUGUUGUAAAACAUAAUGUUUUGGUGCUAAAUUUGUGAAAUCAUAAUAUAAUUUGAUGUUUAAUAGGCUUUUCCUUAAUCCCUCCUUAAUAUCCAACAUUUUUGCUUAUCCGACAUUCUGCCGGCCCGUUUAUGUUGGAUAAGUGAGACUCUACCAUACUUCCAAGUUUUGUGCUAUACAGUUUAAGAGGCAAAAUAUGCAGCAGCUAUUUCUAUUCAUGGGCAGCAUCAGGACCUUGACGUGAAUAGUACCAAUGUGAAGACUGUGCUAUUUAUAUGUUAUUUUGUCUAGCUUAUAAAUACGCUUGUUGUUGUGUUACCAAGAGCGCAAAAGCAUUUUUAAAGGCAAAAAGCAAGACUAGUUCUUUAUUUCUUGCCAGCAUUACUUCUGUUGUUGCAAUUCUGUGUAAUUCUGUAUAUAUAACUUAUUAUUAUUGUACAUUAUGAACAAAUAAAUAAUCUAAUACGAUAAA